CAUGAGCCACCAUGCCCAGACUGGUUUUGCUUAGAAUCCACCCUUUGCCCCACCUCUCCCAGGAGUCUAUGAGGAGCCGUCUAAUCUUUAAUCCAUGGCACUAGGUUCACGGGAGGGGGUUGGGGCAGGAUAGGCCAUGGGAAAUGAAGUUGACUUGGAGAUAGUCAGAAAGCUUUGGUGUGGCCUCUUGUGCCCAAGAUAACCCAGGAGGUUCAUGCUCCUGAAGCCAAUGGAAUCUAGGGCCCAAACCUUCUCAUCUCAGUGUGGACAAAAUCUAGGUGUAGAAUGGGGUGUUCGGGGGACUCCCCAUAGAGAGAGGGUGUGAGACCCUCACCUUGGCACUGGAAGAGUUCAGGCCUCAAACAGAUGGGGCCCAGGAUGGUAGAGGCGACAGUGCUGCUCUGCUGUGGCCAGCACGUCCCAGAGGUACAUGUGGACAUGGAGGGCAGUGGUUGCUGAAAUGGCCAUGGGCAUUGGACUCUGCUGGAGUGGGGACACCUGGCACUGACUAUGCCAUCCUGCACCAGGCACUUUCACUUCCCUUAGAAUAGGCCCCUUACACUCUGCUCCCCACAGUUUGCAUCGGAAGAAAUGGAAGAGACCUGCUUAAGGUCACAUACCUAGUGGCAGAGCAGGGACCCUGCGCAGGGUGGUCUGACAGCAAAGGCUGCAAUCCUUCCUUCCCCUUGGUGCUGAAAAAGAAAGGUUUCUAACUUGCUUUCAAAGCGAGUUCCUAUCAGCUCCAUUGUGGGCAGGGUGGGGCUGCUACACAUUCUGCAGAGUGGCUGGGGCCAAGCCCGGCCUCUAGUCAGCAGGGGUGCACCCCGGGGCGCUGGGAGUCCAGGCCCGGUUUUGCAUCAGGCCCUGCUGAGGUGUUUCCUCCUCCUCAGUGUGGGGCAGCUGCUGGCCGGGGUGCCUGUUGAGUCAGCCUUCUUCCCUCACAGCUCUUCUCCCAGUCCCUGAAACUCGGCUGCCAGGGGAGCUGGAGCCACCUACGAAGGUGUCCUCCCUACAGGAAGCUACGUGUGCCCAGCUGGGGCACAGCCCCAGCUGAUGCCCCAGAGGGGCCACCCAUCUCAAGAGGGGCUUUGGGCUCUGCCCUCUCUCUCCAUGGCGCAUGGGCCAAAGCCUGAGCCUGAAGGACUGUUGGACCUCAGCUUCCUGACAGAGGAGGAGCAGGAGGCCAUUGCUGGCGUCCUCCAACGAGAUGCCCGCCUGCGCCAGCUGGAGGAGGGGCGUGUCAGCAAGCUCCGGGCCUCACUGGCAGACCCCGGGCAGCUGAAGAUCCUGACAGGGGACUGGUUCCAGGAAGCACGCUCCCAGCGGCAUCACAGUGCCCACUUCGGCUCUGACCUUGUUCGAGCCUCUAUGCGCAGGAAGAAGAGCUCCAGGGGAGACCAGGCUCCAGGCAGCGACGGGGAGGCCGAGGCUGCUGUGAAAGAGAAGGAAGAUGUGCCAGAACCCAGGCUCUCCAUUGAUGAGGCGGCCCCCCAGGAGAGGCUCAGGGAGCCUGAGGGACCUGAUUUCCCAUCGCCUUAUGUCCCUCUAAAGGCUUCAGAUCCUGAGGAGGCGUCCCAGGAAGGCCCUGGCCAAGGGGACCUGCAGAUCUGUGCCGACAAGGCGGACCCGGAGCCGGAGCCCGCGUCGGGGGGAGAGCAGGAGCCCGGGCCGCUGAAAGCCCAGGUAGGCGGGAGUGGCCCGCGGCUGCGCUCAAGACCCGGAGCGGACUCUGGACGGGGAGCGCUCCGGCCCAAGCCUGCAAGCAGCCUGCGACCCAGGGCGUUCGGGGCAGGGGCGGGGAAAGAAGGGGCGCCCCGUCAUUUGCCCCCUCUGCAGACCAAGGACGUAUCCCAGAUCCUGGAGAACGGGGAGGAGGCCCCAGGGUCCGACCCCUCACUCAACUGCAUGCUCAGCAGCAGCUCCUCCGUGUCCAGCCUUAACUCCUCCACGCUGAGUGGCAGCCAGUUGAGCCUGUCCGGCGAGGCGGAGGCGGUGCAGGUGCGCGGCUCCGUGCACUUCGCGCUGCACUACGAGCCGGGCACUGCCGAGCUGCGCGUGCACGUGAUCCAGUGCCAGGGCCUGGCUGCCGCCCGGCGCCACCGCUCCGACCCCUACGUCAAAAGCUACCUCCUCCCCGAUAAGCAGAGCAAGCGCAAGACGGCGGUGAAGAAACGGAAUCUGAAUCCAGUUUUCAACGAGACUCUCCGGUACUCCGUACCGCAGGCCGAGCUCCAGGGCCGCGUGCUGAGCCUGUCCGUGUGGCACCGCGAAAGUCUGGGUCGCAACAUCUUUCUGGGCGAAGCUGAAGUGCCUCUAGACACGUGGGACUGGGGCUCUGAGCCCACCUGGCUCCCCCUGCACCCCCGGGUCCCACCCUAUCCCGACGACCUUCCCAGCCGAGGGCUGCUCUCCCUGUCCCUCAAGUACGUCCCAGCCGGCUCCGAGGGCACAGGACUGCCCCCGAGCGGGGAGCUGCACUUCUGGGUGAAGGAGGCUCGGGACCUUCUGCCGAUUCGGGCAGGCUCCCUGGACACUUACGUACAAUGCUUCGUGCUGCCUGAUGACAGCCGGGCCAGCCGCCAGCGUACAAGGGUUGUGCGACGCAGCCUCAGCCCUGUGUUCAACCACACCAUGGUGUAUGAUGGCUUUGGGCCUGCUGACCUGCGCCAGGCUUGUGCUGAGCUCUCCCUCUGGGACCAUGGGGCCCUGGCCAGCCGCCAGCUGGGGGGCACACGUCUCAGCCUGGGCACUGGCAGCAGCUAUGGGCUGCAGGUGCCCUGGAUGGAUUCCACACCAGAGGAGAAGCGGCUGUGGCAGGCCCUCCUGGAGCAGCCGUGCGAGUGGGUGGAUGGCCUUCUACCGCUCAGAACCAACCUGGCCCCCAGGACGUAGCCUGAUCAAACCUCUCUCUCUGGACCCCCAUCUCAGGGCCUGCCCUUGGCUAAAGUCAAUAAAGUCUCUUCUAAGAGCAA